AUGUCUUCGAGCAGUACGGGAGCUACGGCGGCAGACCAAAGCUCAGAGCUCAAGAGUCUGAUCCAAGAGGCAGUCAAGGAAGCCAUGGCAGCCAUGGAUCAGCAGCAGAAGGACAAGAAGGAAACCGCACGCAGCAAGAAGGGCAAGACGGUGACCCAGUACGAUUCCACUCGUCGCCAAGGAAUCGACAGUCGCAACCCUCGAGUUCAGGUCAAGUCCAUGAUCGACAUUGUGGCCAAGGAGAAAGCUGUGUUGAAUCCACCAAAGGUGAAGACGUCAGGCAAGACUCCAUCGGCGGGAUACAAGAGCAAGGAGGCAUCCCCGCCUGUGGAGACUCCGCCACAGGACCAGACCGAACUCCAGACACCGGAGACCAAGCGGGGACGCUCAGUGACCACGGAGGUGCACAACAUCGGUUCCGGCAGCAGCAAUCGGAGCAGCAGCUGGGCCAGCAACCAAACCGUAGAGAGUCACUUCGAGAUGGUGGAGAACGACACGAAGAGCGUCAAGAAGAGCAAGCAGCGUGGAGAUCGGAGCCGCAAGGAGCGGCGCCAGGAGGAGUGA